UAGUUUCGUCUUCCUCCCUCUCAACACCUCUCUGCAAUGGUAGUCGGAGCAGCUCCGGCGGCUCUAACUCUAGCCUCCUUCGCCGGCCUUGCUCCGAGCCGAGCCGAGCGAGCUCUCCUCAUCACCCCAACUCAACGUCUUCCGCCUAAUUAUCUCGACAGAAGAAUCAAACCGGUGAUUGUACGGACUAGCGAAAGAGCGUCGAUCCGUUCAGCUUCCGUUACAAGAGCCGUUGCCGUCGACUCCAACCAGUUCGGCUCCUCCGAGCCAGUUCAAAAGGAAGAAUCCAAAAAAUACUAUUUUGUGGUUGCAAAUGCAAAAUUCAUGUUGGAUGAAGAGGAACAUUUUCAGGAGCUAUUGUUUGAGAGGCUCCGAAACUACAGUGAACGUAAUAAAGAGCAGGAUUUCUGGCUGGUGGUUGAACCAAAGUUCCUUGAUAAAUUCCCAAAUAUUACCAAAAGAUUAAAGAGACCUGCAGUUGCCCUUGUUUCAACCAAUGGUACUUGGAUCACGUUCAUGAAGCUGAGACUGGACCGAGUGUUAGCAGAUAACUACGAAGCCGAUAGUUUAGAAGAAGCGUUGGCUUGCAAUCCCACUGACUUGCAGUUCGAGAAGCCAGAAAAUUGGGUGGCUCCCUAUCCAAAAUACGAGUUUGGAUGGUGGGAAUCCUUUCUGCCGCCGGUUUCAAGUAAAAGAGCUGCAUAAAUCAUUUUGCGCUUUCGCCAUCUUACUGUAUUUCCAGCAUUUUUCUGUGAGUUGUAGGCAAACUUCUCAGAGCUCUUUUGUUGUUUCUCUGUCUAAUGUCUGUAACUUGUUUCAAAGGUUGAGUAUAAUUCAAAUAUCAUGGAAUGUCAUAAUAUUUCAUGAUAUUUGAUGCAGCCAAACGCACCACAAGUUAUGAAAAAGGUUUGACAGUUGAUUUGAAAA